AUGCUGCAGAGAUCAGCGCUGGCUCGGUUGUUCUUUGUCACCGAAAGUAACAAUCUGCAUGCUAAAGUAGUUAACUGGGUCAGCAAAUUUGCAGAGAACGCCAAGAUCAGGGGUGUAGUGGAUAGCGAGGAAGGUUAUCAUGACUCUCAGCGGGUAUUGGGCCGGCUGCAAAAAUGGGCGAAAACCGUCAAAGUAUUCACAGAUCGGAACUCUGCAUUCUCCGCCUUCCUGUCAAAUUGUGACGAUCACCAACUGUUCAGGUUGACGAUAUCCUAUCGGGCCAGACUUGAACAGACAAUCGAGGAGGGCGUGGGGCCGUUCGGCCUCAUGUUAACCCGCGAGAAUCACUUCACAGGGCGGGAGUAUGAUAGAGUGACUGAGCUCGCGGCAAAGGGAAACCGAGCGGGCGCUUCCAAACUCCUCCUGGAUCUGGUGAUGGAGAAGGGCUCCGGGGCCCGGAGGGUGAUGUGGGAAUCCUUUUUGAAAAUACAUCACACGUUACCGAAGCUGAGCAGAAUAUUGGAAGAAAUACGGGAACGUGGUGACGGUCAGUUCGCCUACAUGGACACUGAUCGGGGUUUAUCUGAAUUGCCCGCGCAUCUGAAAGAGGUUCAGAGCAAACACAAGGAAACUCUGCGGGAACAAACUGAAACACUGAGAGUGAACACGAUCCUGAUGAGGGAGAAGGUGAAGGUUUUCCAGCUGGUUGAUCGAUACGCUGAGCUCACGGUCAUUUCUACCGUUCGAGAUCGGAGCCUGAUGGAACAUGAACUACUGGCAAGAGGCAGAGACCAUGAGGAGUGGAGAGAGAAACAUCUGCGGAGAGAGCUGGAGAAAAUCAGCACCAAAUAUCUGUUUCAGAGAAAUUACUCACAUAGCAGACGGGGCCUAAAGGUUCCCGGAUGUAAGGCAACGGUUGCCGGAGUCCCGGGGAUUGGGAAAACAACAAUGGUACAAAAGAUUGUUUACGACUGGGCCACAGGGAAAAUAUACCAACAAUUCCAGUUCGUCUUCAGUUUUAGGUUCCGGGAUUUAAACUCAAUUAACGGCAGAAAAAGCCUGACGGAACUGAUUCUGGAUCAGUAUCCUUACUUUGGGAAUUUCCUCAGAGAGGUCUGGAAGAACCCAGAGGGAUUGCUGUUUAUAUUCGACGGUUUGGAUGAAUACAAACACACAAAUGAUUUUGCCGACAGUCGGAGAUAUACAGAACCCAAGCACCAGUGCCCAGAUCCCGAGUGGUGGUGUGAAGUGUCUGACAUUGUGUACAGUUUAAUCCAGGGCAAGCUGCUCCCAGGGUGUUCAGUGCUGGUGACCACCCGCCCCACUGCGUUACAUUUAUUGGAAAAGGCGGAUAUCAGUGUCUGGGCUGAAAUCCUGGGAUUUGUUGGUGAGGAACGGAAGGAAUAUUUCAUGAGACAUUUUGAGGAUCAGACGGUGGCGGAAGCUGUUUUCAAACACGUGAAGGAGAACGAGAUCCUGUACACCAUGAGCUACAACCCCUCCUACUGCUGGAUCCUCGCUCUGGCACUGGGCCCCUUCUUCACAAAAAGCUUCAGGGACCCACAGCGAGUUCCCAAGACCAUCACCCAACUGUACUCCUACUAUAUUUACAACAUCCUGAAAAACCACGGCCGUGAGAUUGAGAACCCCCGUGAUGUGUUACUUAGGGUUGGUCAGAUGGCCUUCAGAGGAGUGACCAAGAGGAAGAUUAUUUUUACAGAUGAAGAUUUAAAAAAACACAAUCUACAGCCUUGCCAGUUCCUGUCCGGAUUCCUGAUGGAGCUUUUGGAGAAAGAUAAUUCUGCCCUAUGUGUGGUGUACACAUUCCCACACCUCACCAUCCAAGAGUUUAUAGCUGCAGUUGCACAAUUUCUGACUCCACAUCAAGGCGAUAUCCUGAAAUUCCUCACUGAAACUCACAGCACGACAGAUGGGCGGUUUGAGGUAUUUCUCCGUUUCGUUGCUGGUCUCUCCUCCCCAAUGACAGCUCGGGGCCUGGAAGAAUUUCUGGGUCCUUUUCCUCAUCAAACAACCUGCCGGGUGAUUGAUUGGGUGAAGGAGGAGGUGAAACGCCAGAAUGAAAACUCUACUGGGGAAUAUGGUAAGAGGAGCCUCCUGAAAACUUUGCACUACCUGUUUGAGUCUCAGAAUCGUGGAUUGGCUCAGGACGCACUGGGAUCUGUGGAAACACUUUCAUUCAGUGGAAUGACACUGACCCCGAUCGACUGCACGGUCCUGUCUCAUGUCAUCGGAUUCUGUGAUACAAUAAAACACCUCGACCUGGAGAACUGCAUCAUUCAGUGUGAAGGAAUCCAGCGGCUGGGACCCGGGCUACACAAGUGCCUGGAGUUGGGGAUGAGGAAGGUUGGUCUUACUGAUUCUGGCGCCGAGGAUCUCGGCUCCGCGCUCAGUAGAAACCGAUCGUUGACGGAGGUUAGUGGAGAAUCUAUUCAGCUGGACCGGGAUGAAGGAAUUGAGAUCUCUUCAGGAACCCAGACCCGGACUGAAAGUGCAACUCUGAACAUCUGUAUAUUUGAACAUCCCCCGCUCACGGGAUAG